UUGAGUCGAAGUACCGGAAGUGGUGUCAUGGAAGCGUAAACUAUCGCUGGGUUUAAAAUGCAUACAAAAUAAUUAGAUUUUACUAGUCUAGAUUACAAACUAUUAACUGUAGAAUCUAGAUCAAGAUUAGAUUCUAAGUCUAACAUCUAAUUGAUUCGAAAAUGGCAAGAAGUCGAGAUUCGGAUUCUAGUUCUGGUAGAAUAUCUAGGUCUAGAUCAUCAUCAAAAUCUAGAUCUAGAUCUAAAUCAUCUUGUACGAAUAAAAAAAAUAUUCACGAUUGCCAUGAUCAUGAUGAUCAGAAUUCUGAAAAAUGCAUGUGUGACCCCUGUAAGAGAUUCUGGAAUAAGAGUUUUAUUGAGAAAAAAAAUGGCAGCAUGAAAUCAUUCUCUGAUAAUGAUGUUGACCAAGUUCAAAAAGGAGACAGAGUUCUAGUGUAUGGGUCAACACGUUUUAACAGAAAGGAUACGAUAUAUCCUGGUGUGGUUCAGUAUGUUGGAUUAUCUGAUAAAUAUCCUCAAGCACAGAAGUUGAAAGUGGGAGUUUCUCUUUAUGACAAUGCUUACACUACUCACAAUGGAAUCUAUAAAGGAAAAAGAUACUUCUUCUGUCCAGAAGGUCAUGGUGCCAUGGUGAACUAUACUGAUGUGCAAGUCCUGAAACCUUACCAGAGAACCCCACCUUUAACUGGCAACACUAUGUUCCCAAGUUAUGAAGAGAUGAAAAAAACAAGAUUGCUCAGACAGAAAAAAAUUCAAGAAGAAGAAAAAAAACUCCAAGAAGAGCAUAAGUUGAAAAGAAGAGAACAAAUGCACAGACACUCAUUACCAACCUCUCUAUCACCUCAGCCCAAUGAUACAGUCAGUCAAACUAGCUCACAGGGCAAUAAGGUCCAAGGCAGCAGUCAGACAGAUUCAGCAAAUAGUCAGAAACAAAUGAAGCACCUGAAGAAACUGUUUGGAGAGGAUGACAAAGCUGAGAGGAUGGCACUGACUCUGUUUAAACUGUAUCAAGCCUAUGAAGAAGGGAAACAACUUGUUCAUGCAGAAAAAAAUGAACACUGACAAGAAUUUCUUCAAACUGAAAGAAAUUGUUUCAAUUCUUCUAUUGCUCUAACAUAGUAUUGUAGCUUCUUAGAAGCAUUUUAUUUUAAUGAUGACAUACACAAUUGAACUAUUUUUUAAGUUUCCUUGGGAAAAAAUAUUGUUUUCUCUUUGAAAGACAAAAUGCUAUUUGACUAUUAACUGCUUUUAUUUCAUUGUAGAUUACUUUUUCAUUUUUUUCUUAUGCACAUUUUUAAAAGUAUAAUUAGCUGAUAUCUGUAUUAAUAAGGCUUGUCUUCAAGUCCGAAGAUUAAUGAGGAAUGCAGUAUUUCCCGUGGCUAUGCAGCCCCAUCUGUGACCUACUUAUCUGUACUACUUCAAGGAAAAAAACAAUUUUAUUUUUUUAUAUAUAAUUAUAUUUUAAUAUCAAUAUAAUCUCAAAUGAACGAAUGUUUGGUGUUUAAGAGUUUAAAAAACUAAUUGGAAAUAAUUACCUGAAACCCUAAUAUAAAGUGGUUAUGGUACUUCUUAGUACUAUGAUGAUGAUAAAAAGAAUUAAAAUGUGAUGAUUGAAGAGUUGUGAUGUUUGAAUGAACACAAGUUCUGAGGACAAGAACAUGAAAUUGGAAAAAAAAACAACUAAUACUCUAUUUCACCAUCUGGGAAAACAGAAAAAGUAUCAUUUUCUGUUUUAAACAAGCAACACAUAGAAAUGAAAUUUACAAAAAACAAAACAAAUUACAAUCAAAAACUCAAGGAUGUUCUAAAAGAAUUGUCUUUAUUGAUAAAAACAUUUUAGAUCUGAACAAGAACAAAUUGUGGAAUGACAAAAUAUAAUAAAAAUGUUCUCUGUAAAAAAAAA